GAACAGACAGGCAGCAGAAAAAAUAGAGUAUACCAACCAGCGCAGGGGCAAAGAGUGAGAUUGAAGAGUAGAUGAGGUUAUGAUGUUAUUAUGGUGGGUUAUGGAUGUAAAUAAAUAAGAGGUGCCAAUUUUAAGUUGUGCAGAUUUCUAUAAUUUUGAUAUCUCAGAAAUGUCAGCAGAUAUUUUACAGGCUCGGAGAGAAGCUAGAAGGAGAAAAAUCCUUGAGAAUUCAGAAAAUAGGUUGCGACGAAUUACCGGAAGAAAUGAAGUCAAGGAAAGUUUAGCAGAUGAGGACGGAGAAGUAAAAAAUGCUACCUCUGAAGUUCUUCUGAAUGGCAAAGUCAACUAUGGAAAAAUGGAUUGCUCAUACUUUCCUUCACAAGCACAAAUCCCCGCAGGUGAUACUUUACCUGCAGGAAUUUUACACUCAGAGCAGUUAAACCCGAGUCUCUCGGAGAUGUCUGUUGAUGAAGAAGUAUCUUCACAAAGUACAACUCUUCACCAACCCAGUAGUAUGUUUUACAUAUCCAUGGCAGUUCUAUUUAGACUCUUUUUAGAGUUUGAUGUUCUCUACCUAUGUGGUGAUAGCAUGGUGAUUGCAUUCCUGGUUAUGAAAUGUGGAGUAAUUUGUGUGUAUGGAUCGUUCAUUCCCGAAAGUUCAAGAUUUCUUGGAAGUUUACUCCUACUGAGUGGAAUUUCACCACAGAAGAUCAGAGUGCUGACACUUGUUACUAGUGUUGUGUAUAGCAUACUGAGGGACUUUGCUUUGUAUAUGUUUGUGUUUGUCUUUUCAGAUUUAUUAAUUGGUAUUUUAAAAUACUUAUUGUAAAUAAGUUAGGCCUACUUGUUAAUUGCAUUAUGUACUUGUUAAGUCAAAUUUAUUAUAAUACUUUCUAGUGCAACAAAGGAAUGUAUAAACUAUAAAUAUCAUAUUGUCGCUAAAUAAAGGGUAAAGACUAACCCUUAAAAAUUGCCUGCCUUAUCUUCACUCUCUAUCUCAAUGUUGGCUUGUCACAGAUGCUAAAUAAAUUAUUAGUUUUAUCAAACCAUAUCACUGUACCUGUAGCUUAAUGAAAACAUAUUAAGUUAUUCAGUUUUGUAUAAGUGCUAUAGAAUUUAACUGGUGCUAUGUUUGAAGUUCAAAAUAAUUGUAAUCCUGCUUUCAGUGCAAUCAAUUAAAAAAAAAACUGCCAAAAUAAAUACCCAAAUCACUUGUCGUACGAACUUUAUUUUAAAUAAAUAUAGAUUAAAGUGGUACUAUUAAAUCCAAAAUAUAUAUUUUUAGAGGUAUAAAACACUUUGUGCUUGUGCGUACUAAAUGAUAAAAGUAGUCUGUAAUCAUUUUUUUUAUAACGUUAAUCUAAUUUUCUCUGACUGUUUAGAAAUUUGUACAAGUCUUAAAAUAGUGCAAAUAUAUUUUUGUUUACUACAAGAAAUACAUGUGUAUAUGAAAUAAAUUUACUAUAAUACAGAUAGCAAAACAAAAUCUAGAUAAUAUUUAAUUAAUUAAUUUUGUUAUCAACAAUCACUUUCCAAAAUAAUGAACUUAUUUUCAUUAAUAUUUUGAAACAACCUAUAGAAAAGUGUGUUAGUUCACAUACUAACAAAAUUAUGUGUAAAUGUUUUAAUAGCAACCGUGAAAUAUUUAAAAAUCUCAAACAGUAAUAUAGCUUUAGUUUUAUAUCAAAUAAAUGAUCUCACAAAACUAGAUAAGUAGUAAAAUAGUAUGAUUAUUUCAUGUUUCAAUCCAGUAAUAAAUGCCAGCAAACGAUGUAUACAUAUUUUACAGUAUUCAAAUAUUUAUGUUACUAUUUCUUAUUUAGUACAAUGUUAUUUGGUAAAAGGAAAAUACCUCACAGUUUAAAUUAUAAUAAUAAUAGUCUUUACACCAAAGGUUGUUUUAAUUGCAAUGCGUUGUAGACCCGAUAUUUGAGUCCGUUCAAUCUCUGCUCUUUGUAGGUAACUUUUUAUAACACCUCAGAAUUAAUCUCAGCUUUGAAUGGUGGAGAAAUUUGAUUUAUAAUAAUUAAAUCUUACCAAAUUUGUUUGUUUAUUUAAUAUAUCAAGUUCAAUUUACACAUUUAAAAUACAUUUUCAGCUGAAGAUUAAUUUACCUUUGUUACUUUUGGAGAAAUACAUUUCAGCUCAAUAUUGCACACAGAUUUUUAAAAUUUAAUUGUGGAUAUGUGUCCCACUGGAGAUCUGAGUCCUUUAACUUUUACGGUUUUUAAGAGUGUUUGCCUGCAAGGCACUCUUAUGACAACUCUCCAGCUCAGAGUAGACUGUCUGUAUGCCUCAUUCCAUCACCACUUGCAUACAACUACAUGAACCAAUCAGAAGCGAAAAUGCAUUCUACAGGACUGUUUUUCUAUCUUUCUCUGGUGAUGACUCAGACCCAUAAAGUCGCAUGCUGCCACUGUUUAUGACCAUGUACACCAAUCAGAGUUGAGAUUACCUCAAAGAGUUCUUUAGAAGUUUUUAACUCGUGGAACUGCAUAGUAGAUUCUAUUUUUAGAAUUUUUUUUUUUUACAAUUUUAAGUAUUUUGAAACAUCAUGUUAAUUUAAUGUUGGUUAUUGUUUUUAUAUGGCUAUAAAAACCAAUACAAUAUGUUUAUUAAUUUUUGGCCCAUUAAGAAUGGAAAAAAGUCUGGAAAGAAAUCAAAUAAAUGUUAUAAAUGAAGUGUAAACAAUAAUAAUGUAAGUUUCAUUCACCGUACUUACAUUUUACCACAUCUCCUAGUUUUGAUGUCAAAAAUAUUCCACUAAAUUUAAUUAGUGUUGAAAAAUUGUACUUUGUUUGCUUAACAGGAUUUACAGUAAAACCUCGUUUAUCCAGACCUCAGUUAUCUGGAUUGUGUCUACUGAGUGAAAAAGUCUAAUUUGUUGAAUUUCCAAUAUAAUUUGUACUUCUGUUAACAUUUGUUUAACGUUCAGAAUUAUGUGUAAAACAUAAUAACAAAAGUAGGCCUAGGAGAAGUUUUUAAUUGUAAAUUUGAAAGAUGUAAAUAAUAAUUGGUUUCAGACCGACAAUAACAUUGAUGCGAUGACUAACGUAGAAAUUAUAUCUGCAGUGUGUCCUUCAACGGUAACAAAGGACAGUAAAAACGUUUCUGAUAAUAAAGAACCAGGUUAUCGUAAUUAUUGUUGUUUUUGUAAAAAAAUAAAUUUCUUAUCAUCUGUAAUUAUUUUUGUUUAAAAUUUGUUAUUGAUGAAAGGUUUGAAACAAUAAUAGGAUUUCGGACAUUUGUCAUCAUGUAGGAAGAUAGUACAUUACAAAAGGAAGAAAGGAUUAAAAGAAGAGAAAGAAAAAGGAUCAAACACAAUCGAAAACUGCUUGGAGUCCAGACAGGAGAAACAUAAUCCAGGCUUUGUCUUUGCACAGGAUGCAAAUCACGAGCAAGAGAAGUUAAGACCACUAUCACACAUCACGUCAGUGCAGGCGGACGUGAAAUAACAAGAAAAUCAGUGUCAGCACUUUCUGUGGCCUCACAGUGUGACAUCUGAAACAAUAAGGAAGGAGGUGGGUGGGAGGGGGAAGGGUAUGUUUUGGUCAUAGACCCUAUAUACGAGAGCUAUCCGGAAAGUAGAUUAAGUUUUGCUCUGUUGCCGCUAGGGGCAGGACAAUUGCGGCCAUUUUGAUGUCAGGGCAUUUCUUCAUUCAGUGGCUAUCCAGCCGUGCUAGUGAGAGGUUACUGUUGCUCCCUGUUGUUUUACAAUAGCAGUUUCAAAUGUGUGACGCACUUUAAAAUCCGGCAAGUUGUGAGGUGCGGUCGAUAAUACGGUUUUGUUGGCUAAACAUAAUAAACCAAUUAAGAUUUAUCGCUAACUAUGUGAAGUUUAUAGGAAUGAUGUGAUUACUGAUGGUGGGUACCGUACUGCAAAUCGGACUUGAGAAUUCCUAGAAGCUUUUAAGUGAGAGGUGUUUCCACAUCCGCCGUACAGUGUGGACCUUGCUCCCAGCGACUACCACCUGUUUCCUGCAAUGAAGAACUGGCCUGCGACGCAGCGCUUUAAUAACAUGGAACUGCAGGAGGGUGUGACUACCUGGUUGAAGUUUCAUGUGGCAGACGCUGGAAUUUCUAAACUAGUUCACCGCUAUGAAAAGUACCUAAAUUUGUAUGGUGACUGACUAUGUUGAAAAAUAGUAUUUUUAGUGUCUCUUUCAAAUGUUAUAAAGCAAUUUUUUUCCUUGUAUUUUGUUUUUUGUUUAUAUAAAAAUGUAAUCUACUUUCUGGAUAGCCCUCGUAUCAUAUGACAUGUGUAUGAGUUUUGUUGGUUGAGGUUUUUUAAAUGUUAGUCUUUUUAGGUUUUGUAGUUAGUACUUAUUUUAAAUAUUAGUACCCACAGUGGACUAACCUCAAUUGAAAAAUGACUAAGCAGUUGGUCUGUUAAUUUAAUGUAUGAAGCCUUAAUAGGUUAAUAGGUAUAAACAAAUUCUCAUUGUGUAUUAUGUUGGCUUCAAGCCAUUUCAUGAGAUGAUUUUCAAACCAGUAAUGUUGAGCAAUUUUAGACUUUUCCACUAGCCCUUUUUUCAUAUUUUCUUUAUGUUAACCCAUUUUCUUUCUUUAAUUUUUCUUUUGUAAUGUACUAUAUAUAUCUUCCCAACUUAUGAAGAGGAUUUCAAUCCUCUAAAUGUUGUGUUUUACAUUUUGUAACAUGUAACAAUGGCAAAAAUGUCCAAAAUCCUAUUAUCUGUUAUGUAUUGUGUUUUUUUUGCAUUCCUGAUUCAUCUGGAUUUUUGUUAAUCUGCAUCAUGUGAGAUCCUAAAUAACUUCGAUAAACGAGGUUGUACUGUACCUUCAUCCUGCAAGAAGCAAGAAUAAAAAUGGUUUGGCUUUAACUUCUAUUGAUAUUUCCAAAGCGAUUUCUUCAUUGAUGUAUAGAUAAUAGUAACUAUGUCAAUCUUAAGUUUCAAAAUUAGACUUAGCAAUACUUCACGGAACUGUGAGUAACAACAUAAUAAAAUAGAAUAGGUUACAAUUUGUUAGGUUAUAAAAUUUGUUAUUGUGAAUUAUAUAUAUCCCUAGCCCAGCCAUUGAAUAGACUGUGACAAUUAAUAUAGUACUGUAACAGUAAACCAGCCAUUGAAUAGACUGUGACAACUAAUAUAGUACUGUAACAGUAAAAGAAGAAUCAUUUCUCAUUUCUCCACGUCUAUUUUAUUAUUUUGGGGAUGUCACUGAUCAUCAGACGUUCUUUGUUUAAAGUUUGGUACUGAUGAUAGAAGGUUUGAAUAGAUAAUUGGAUUGUGGACAUUUGCAAUCGUUAUACUGUAUAUUGCUUUGUCUCUUUGAAGGCUAGUUCUAUUUAUGUGGUGUAUACCUGAAGAAUUUGGCAAAAAGUGGUUAUUAUUAAAUUGGUUUGGUUUAUAGUGAAUUGAAUAUUAUUUUGUUUUAUUCUUUUCUGUUGUACCACUGCUAUUCCAAACAAAAAUUCUGUCAAAAUUUGUGAACAAGAAAUUUUAAUGCUAAGUUAAAAUGACCACUACACUGCUGCAAAAUGUGUAAAAUACUCGUAUGUUGUUUGAAAUAUUUAUUGUGUUUCUAUACAUUGAAUGAUUACUUGCAGUUUCACAUAAUAUUUAUGUAUUUCCUUUAUCUACACUAUAAAGAGGUUUUAGUUUAUUUAUUAGUAUUUGUAAAUAAAGUGAAUAAAUGCAGGAUUAAUAAAAGUAGAAAGUCGGUUUAAAAAGUCAAAUGCAUAAAUUUAACAAGGACGUUCCAGAACAUCGAAAAUGUGUACAAUGUUGCCAAAAGAUUAAAAUAAGAUUAUUGACGAAUGUAGUCUAAUAACAUUUCUCUAUAUUUUUAAGUUUUAUAUUUUUUAGAAAAAAACUCUUUUUUGUUGAGUACAAACAUAUUUAACUCAUAGCAAUCAAGUUACUUUAUAAAAUAUUGUAAUUGGUAGGGUUAAACAGCUUGCAUAAUAUCUAGUGAAGAGCAGGAGAUUUUUUUACUUCUAUUUACAUUUUUUUUUCUGCAGUUUACCUUAGAAUCAUCUCCUACCACUUAACACUCUGGAGGAUAUUUAGUACAUAUCGAGUGUUAAAGAAGUUAUUUAUAUUGACUUCCUGUCAAAAGAGUGUAGAUUUCUUUUUUGGAGGAAAUGUAACUUGUGAUAACUUAUUCUUAAGUUAUUUUCAUGUAAAAUAUUUCCUGACCAGUUUUAUAUAUAUAUAUAUAUAUAUAUAUAUAUAUAUAUAUAUAAAUAUCAUUGCUAAUUUAAUAAUGUAUUUAAAGACUAAAUGAUAGCAGCUAUUCGUCCCAGGAUUAUCCAAAUUUAACUGUUACAUCAUUGUCUUUGUACAACCUGUACUAAUGUACAGUUUGACCUAUUUUUACAUCAUAAGAUAUCCCAAUGUAAGUGUUUUAGACUAAAUGUGAUUUAGCAUUGCACAUAUAUAAUAUGAAUUGUCGAAGAAUUGUCAUCUUCUUGACAUUUGAGACACAUGUUAAUCAAAUAUGCAUAUAGUCAGCAUUGAUUCAAAAUAAAAUACAUUUGUUUAAAUCAGAGAAAAUUUGUAAUGCUCAGGACACAUAUUACUAGCUAAUAUAGAGAAAAGCUCAGUCAUGUAUAUUUAUUGUUAGCAAUUCAUUUUGAACAAUUCAGUGCAGUGAUAAAAUAUUUUUAAUAAAAAUACUUUUUU